CAAUAAAAUCUUAUUUCUCCAAUGUUUAUGCUGUGGAACGAAUUCUUCAUCUCAAAACUCUGUUGAUUCCGAAAUCAUGUAACAAUAGAUAUUAUAGUAAUUUGUUACUCUAAUAGGCAAAGACAAAAUGUUUAAAUCCAAGGGUACCAUGGGUGUAUACAAUUUUAUUUUGUUUUUCUUACCCUGUUUCUCAUGAUUACUUUAUCUAUUUGCAGCGGUUCGGGAACACACCUGUGCUCAACUUUGCUCCUGGCCUCGGUGGCAGCAAUGUUCCUGUAUGUAUACACCAUACAUGAUACGUUUCACACACGGUCAGGAGAGAGCAGUUUCAGCCAACCGACAGCGAGCAGAGAUCAGGAUCUUCCGCAAUCAUCUUUCGAAACAGUCCCCUUGACGGCCUCGAUACAAAAGCCACUAACUGGAAGUGCAAAGAGACCUUCAUCCGCUAACAACCCAAUUUUUUUCAAGGACUUGAAAUACAGUACAGAAAAGGAAAAGCAGCAUGUAGUAUUUGUCAAAGUCCAUAAGGCGGCAAGCACCACUAUGCAAAGCAUUUUUUUACGUUACGCAAUUGAACAUGAUCUAAAUGUGCUGCUUUCAAAAUCUGGCUUACACAUCAAUGAGCGUAGUAAUCAUAUACCUCUUAAUGAUCUAUACCCCGUCCCAGCUGGGUCGAGGUAUGAUAUAUUGUGUAACCAUUUAAUUUUUGAUUACAAGAAAAUCUCACCACUCUUUCCAGAGGAUACCUUUUACCUUGGAAUAGUGCGAGAACCAUUCAGUCAAUUUUUAUCUGCAUUUGUUUACUACAGCCAGGUUUGGAAGAGCCAAAUUCUUAUAAAGGCCAUUAAGGCUGCUCCUGAUAAUCCUAUCGAAGAAUUUUUAAACCACAGUAUGUCAUACGUUGGAAACGAGAAACCCAACACUGUGUUCAUCAAUAAUCGAAUGAGUGUAGAUUUUGGAUUUCCGCUUGAGAAUUUCGAAGCAUCCAAACGGAACCACUCACAGAUUGCAUCUUUUCUUAAAAAAAUAGACACCACUUUUGAUGUUGUCCUUAUUGCAGAAAUGUUCGAUGAAUCUCUUGUGUUGCUCCGUCGUAUGCUCGGGUGGACAACGAAAGAUAUUAUUUAUUUGGAUAAGAAUGUUUUCUCAGCAAAACACGAGAUACCCUCCUGGAUUCGAAGACAUGACUAUCCUCCUCAUGUGAAACAUUUGUUUAGAAACUGGGCUGCCAUUGACAUCUCUUUCUACAAUUACUUUCUAAAUAAGUUCAAAGACAGGAUCAGUUUUCAGCCGAAAGAUUUCUAUUCAGAAGUAAAAGCUUUCAAAACAUUAAAGCCCAGAAUAGCAUCAUAUUGCUCCGCUGUGAACUCAACGGGCUAUCUUCACUUUCAGGCUACUGAAUAUACCAGCGAAUUCGUCUUGACGCAAAAUGACUGUGCUCUUAUGAAUGCUAAUGAAUAUCUUCUGACCAGCAAAGCCCAAAAUGUGCAGAAACACAGAUUUUUCAAGAUGGGGAAACCUCCACAGAAAUUUAACGAGUCUUGAAUCCAACGUCUGGACGGCGCGUUUUGGAUAAGAAUCCUC